GACAGUAGAGAGGCAGAUUGAAGGGGAUAGAGAGAGAAAGCCCUGCUGUCAACAGGGUAGUGCUUCUCAGCCUGCAGCGGCCAUCAAUCCCUUCCACCUCUCCUUCCUCUGCGGUGCUCUUUCUCGGAGGCCUCAGGGCCACCCAGCAUGAAGCAGGCACCAUGGGCUUUCUGGAAAACUACCAGGAGAUCGACCCUGUCACUUUGAACCUUUGCAUCCUCAUUGCCAGCUACGUUAUCUUGCUCCUGGUCUUCCUGAUAUCGUGUAUCAUGUACGACUGCCGGGGCAAAGAUCCCACAAAGGAGUACGCUCCGGACCCGCAGCCGACUCAGUCUCCCAUCAGGCUGGUGGUGAUGCAGAGCACCACAGCCCCAGUCACGCGCUGGGACACGGCUAACAUGAUCACCACCUACCACGAGCCUUCACACUCAGACUUUAAGGAGAAGAAGAGCACGAUGGUGUGAGCAAGGCUCACCUUUGUACAUAAACGACUCUUUUUUUUUUUUCUCCGUUUUUUUUUUUUUUUUUGUACAUACAACUUUUUACAUUUCUUUGUUUUGUUUUUGCCGUUGCCGGGACAA